UCAAGCUGGAGAAUCCAACGAAUAAUCCUCGUCAAUCCAGAGUGUCUGCAGAAUGGGACCCAAAUUGGCCUGGACCAGAAGUCAUCGUGGAGGUGAGCGAAGGGGUUACGGAGACACAGCGAGGAACAAUUGAAAUAAAUACAACCACAGGAAAUGAUGGACCAAAAAUAAUCGUCCGCACAGAAGAAGUCCUUAUUGUGUUGUUUGUGCUGAUUCUGUGGGUGGGAGCGAUUGCUCUCUUCUUUCACCGAUGGGGCAAAAUCCGCAUGCUGGAGCCGUAUCAGCCCAAAUUCCAGCAGCAACAUCGAGCCUCGUGUCCUCUUGCCGAAAUGGAUAGCAUUUCGGUGCAUAACAAAAGAGCAUCGGUGUCAAAGAUGGGAAUAUCGGUGCAAAUGCCCAGUCUGGGACACGGACAAAUUCCACAGCAAAACCUAAUUUAUGCAAGAGGACUUCCAAUGUAUUCCAGACCCCGGCAAAAUUCAGUGUUUGUUGGCCCCCCUGUCAUUUCCCCGCUGCAACCGUCCCGCAAGACAAGGUCCGCCGUGGACAUCCACCAGCUCGUCCUCACGGAAUCCAGUGCCGAGGCCGUCUGAUUACCUGCCAUCUUGCCAAAUUCAAGCUCAAAUAACCCCUCAAACACUCACAGUCCCAGACUUGGUGGAAAUAUUCAUUUGAUCCACGUAGAAAUUCUGAACGAAUAAAGAGGUGAUAAAACCAGCAAAAUGCUAAAUGGAUUUAAUUCAACUGUGAAAUACUUUUUAUAAAUUGAUUUCUAAAAUUCAGGACACCAUUCCUGAAAGUUAAGAUUUUAUCUCACAAAGAAUUAUAUUGUAUCAUAAAACAGAGAAAGUAUUGUAAAAUAAUAUGUGAAUUAUUCUCUAAUUUCAUUGAACUUACCGUGAAUAUUUAUGAAAAAUGCAAAUGAGCACGAAAGUCCCUAUAGUAUUUAUAGAAGAUAAUACUAACUACUAAGAAUGUAGAUUGUAAUACUUAUUAUUGUAAUUAAUAGGACUGUAAAGAAGAAGAUUAUCAAACCAACUACGAAAUAUAGAGAACCAAUUUUUUAUACUACGUAACGUUCAAUAAAUGUAUACUUGCAUAUGCUUCAGCACGAGAGUGUAUAAAAUAAAACUGAGCACAUCAUUUUUUUAGAAUAACAAAGUCUCUCAAUGUUCUAUGAUAUAUUUGCGCAGUGUUGGAAGAGAUUUUCCAAAAUCCACUGCAAUAACAUGAAAGUUUUCAAACAACCAUGAUGCAUUUUUAUUGUAUGUCUUUGCUUAGUUUUCUGCAAAAUAUAUGUACUUCUUCUCUAUACCAAUACUAAAUCUUCACAUUUACCUUCCUAUAUCUAUCUCUUGGUGUAAUAAAUUGUAGCAACUUAAAGAAUUAUUGCUGUAUUGUCUUUCAAAUGAAACCCUUCACAAUUUCUUGAGGGUUAGAAUAGUGAUUUUUAGAGGUUUUGAAGAGAGAGUUUCAAUUGUGUUUUAGAGAUGAUUGGUAAAGGAACAUGAAUACUUAUGUACUAACUGUGCCAAAUACUUUCUAUGCUUUCAUUCCCACGAAAAUGAAGAGUUAUAAAUCUGACAAAAAAAAUUAACUGGAUUCCGAGCAAAAUAAAGACGAAAAUUUUUGAAUGAUAAAAUUGAGGGGAAAAAUUACGAUAAAACAUUAAAUUGGAAAGUGUUAUGUCGGGCACAUAACACGAAUUCUAAUGUGGUAAACUAUAGCUUUAUUUUAUUCUUGAUAACAUAUGAAAGUUUACACGUGUGAAAAGUAAAUACGAAGAAAUUGAAUUAUCUAGAAAAUGGGAAAGGCAUCAAUGAAUAAAUAUUUCCUUUUCCAUCACAAUGUCUGUACAUAUAGAAAACUACAGAGAAAAUAUGGAACCAAUUUUCACAUCAUCAAUUCUAUAAGGAGAAAUAUUCUGAUUGCGUAUGGUGAAAAGUAGUUGAGCAGAAAUGUAAAUGUGUAUUUAUAGGAGAUCUUCUGUAGAUAUAUAUAUAUAUAAAUGUGUAUUUUAAAAAGAAAGGACGAGUGAACAUGCGAGGAGGCAAAAAUGUUAUAAACUUACAUUUGAUGAUGAAGACGAAUAAAAAGUUGGUAA